UGCUAUAUUGAAUUGAACAAACUAAGGAAAGAUUAAAUCAAUCUAUGGAGAUGAGCAGCGCGAACAAAUUGACGUGUGACUUGCUGGUUGAGAUUCUCUCCCGACUGCCCGUCAAAUCUCUGUACCGCUUCGCCUGUGUUUCGAAAUCUUGGAACGCCAUCAUCACCAACAACAAUGGUUACUACCGCAAGAAGCUACCCUCGCCCCUCUCCGGACUCUUCUAUGAGGUGGGCGACGAGUUCGAUGAAGACUCGGUGUACGUCAGCACGCCAACCAAUCACCUGCAGCAAGAGGAUUCUAUCGGCUUCGACAUCAAAUCUGUUCUCGGUUUCUUGCCUCAACAUCACAAAUUACUGGUGCAAAGCUCUUGCAAUGGCUUGAUCUUGUGUUCUACUCGGCCUGACAAGUGCCUUUACGUAUGCAAUCCAGCCACCAAGAGAUAUCACAAGAUACCUGAACCUGCAGAUGACCAUCCCUACCAAAUGGCCUUAGCCUUUGAUCCCCGUCUCUCCCCCCACUACAAGCUGUUGAUGCUUCCGGGC